ACAUUGACAAUAUGAACACUUUUUUGAGGUGUCCAGAAUAGUAAAAGUGGACAAGAAAUUUGGGACAGAGGGAGUAAUUAAUAGCUCAUAAACAGUGAUUCGGUACAUUGACGAGUUACUGUAGCAUUUGCAAAAGAAUAAUGAGCCAGAAGCGAGGUUGAUGCAGCAGGAUUUCUGGGACUUCACUUGCCACUUUGACUAAAAGGAUGGUGUACCUUUGACGAGUUACUGUAGCAUUUGCCAAAAACUAAUGAGCAACAAGCGAGGUUGAUGCAGCAGGAUUUCUGGGACUUCACUUGCCACUUUGACUAAAAGGAUGGUUUAGAGAGGGAGAGGUUGACGCUGAUGCUAUAAUAAUCUUUCUCGAGUCUGUUUCACUAGUCAUGCAUUUUGAUGUCUUCCAUUGAAGCUGGUUGCUUCCUUAAUUCAUAACUUACUCGCGACUGUAAUCUUACGAACAUUAAUUACCUUAGGAACUAUAUGAAGUUGUCUUCUUUUUUCUAUUCUCAUGGUUAAUCGGAUAAUACAUUUGUCACUGUCUCGCAGUGUUCAUGCAUACAUCAUUUUCAAAACGGAGCAAGCUGCCGAGGCUUCUUUGGCCCAUAAUAUGUGUGUGGUUGGAGGAAAUCACAUCCGUGUUGACAGGGCAUGCCCACCGCGGAAGAAAAUAAAGGGAGAGAAUGCUCCACUUUAUGAUAACAAGAGGACAGUUUUUGCGGGUAACCUCCCAUUUGAUGUGAAGGAUGAAGAAAUUUAUCAGUUCUUUUCUGGUAUUAAGGAGCUGGAAUCCAGCAUUGAGGCCAUUCUGGUUGUCAGAGAUCCUGGUACCAGUAUGGGGAAGGGAAUUGCUUAUAUUUUGUUUAAAACGAGGGUAUGUGUCACAGUCUUACAAGGCAUAUUUGUCGUUUACUUUAACUCGUAUAAAGUGAUUGAACUUUGAAGGUUCUGC